AUGCGGAUGCUGCUGGAGGACGCGGAGGUGCCCGCGGACCUGGACGAGGCGAGCCGCGAGGCGAUCUUCAACGAGAUGUGCCGCGAGGCCCGGGAGGAGCGGCUCGAGGCUUUCGGCGACGCUCUGUUGCGCCUGCCUCUGGAGGCCCUCGGCCUGGAGGCCACGUUCGAGGAGGCGUGCGCGGCGGUCUGUCAGAGGCUGGGCACCUGGUCUCCUCAAGGCGUGCCCCAGGCAGAGCUCAAGUGCGCCUGGGAGGACUGGCGGCGCGUCCGCAUCGUGGAGCACGGGGGCUACCUGAGCGACUGGCUGCGCGAGUGCGGGCACUUCGCCGAGGCCGCCCGCUCGCCCGAGGCCCGCGAGGGCCGCGGCCCCGCCUUUGCGGCGCUGUGCGCGGAGCUGGCCAAG